GGGCAACAAUGCAAGGUUGGUCGGCAGUUGCAGAUAGCUAUGACCCGCUAAGAGCAGGCAGCAUAGAUGGCACGGAUGAAGUACCCCACGACAGAGGUGUAUUCAGAGCUAUGAACACAAAAUAUAGACCAAACAAAGGUGUAGAUGGAGAUCCAACAUGCAUCAUAUUUGUUGCCAGGCUUAAUCAUAGAACUAGUGAAGAAACAUUAAGAGAGGUCUUUUCAAAAUAUGGGUCAAUCAAAAAAGUCAAACUAAUCAGGGAUAUUGUGACUGGAUACUCUAAAUGCUAUGCCUUUUUGGAGUACACAGACAAUAAAUCUGCAUAUAGAGCUCAGAGGGAGGCUGAUAAACAAGUUGUGGAUGGGAAGGAGAUAUUUGUAGAUUUUGAACAUAGUCGAACAAUGCCAGGAUGGAUCCCACGCAGGCUAGGAGGUGGUUUGGGUGGAAAUAAGGAAUCUGGGCAACUAAGAUUUGGUGGAAAAGAUAGACCUUUCCGGAAGCCUAUAUUAUUAAAUCAAGUAAGACCGUAUGACAAUGAACAUGUUAACAGGAGGAGGGAUACAAAGGACAGAUAUGAAUAUAGAGGGCACAGAUAUCAGAACAGUAAUCCAAAAGGAGACAGGGACAGGCGUUUUCACGAAAGAGCAAGAUCCAGGUCCACGGAGAGGAGUCCAUCUAGAGAAAGGGGUAACAAAGACAGAAAGGAGUCAAACAGAAAUCGCAAGGGAAGAUAUUGACUGUUGCAGAAAAAAUUGCAUGCAAUUCUGAAUGUGACUCUGAAAAUAUUGUCAUAUCAUAUAUAAAUGUAUAACUCUACCAAAAACAGAAAGGUUUAACAGUAUGAUUUGCAUGUAAUAACAGUUAGAUUAAGAAACUAAAACGUGCACUGCUGAAAUCUUGCCCCUGUUAAAUGAGAAAAAGAAAAAAUGAACAAAUAUCUUGUCAACAUUGACACAACUAUCAUAUCUUUUAUACAUACGCAUAUAUAUAUAUAUAUGUACGUCCACGAUACUAGGUAAAAACAAUGGGUUAUCAUCUUUGAAAGUCUUUUUCAAAAUAUUCCUAUGUGUUGGAUUACAAUGGGGGUGCUUUCAUGUGAAAGGGUAUGGAUUUGUCUUAUUACAACAAACAAUUUCGUGUUUCCAAACAUUGCUGCAUAUUUAAGUUUUUUAAUUUGUAACUCAUGAAAAAAGACUUCAUAUCAUCAUUGUUUAACUGCCAAUUCAGGAUCGCAUCAUGCUUUCCCAACUCUGUGAAGUUAAGUGUGCUCUUCCCCGAUAAUUUUUACAUGUAUUUAAUGUUACAUUUUCCAAACUUUAUGAAUAUGAAAAAAAAUACGAUAGAUAUAUUCUAAGCGGAAAGCGUGCACACAUGAGAUGAUUUCAUGUCUUUGCUAUUUACCCGCUGAUUCAGGAUUCCCAACUCUGUGAAGUUAAGUGUACUCUUUCCUAAUAAUUGUUGUAUGUGUUUAAUAUUAUAUUUUCCAAAAUUUACAAUGCAUAUUCUAAGCAGAAAACGUGCUCACAAGAUCAGCGCCAUGUUGAAAUUUUGAUGCCAUGUUCCAAUGUUGUUACCCAGUAUCGUGGACUUUGGAAGGUAUUAAUACCAUUAUGCUGAUUUAGAAUUAUAUAUAUAUAUUACAUUUGAAAGCUUCAGUAUUUAUUCUAAAUCAGCAUAAUGGUAUUAAUACCUCCCAAAGUGUGUACACAGUUAACUGUAGUUUUAGUGAAUAUAAAGACUGGAAAAUCAUUAUCUGUAGUAUAUAUAUAUAUAUAUAUAUGAGUGUGUGAUCACUGUGAUCCAACUUUGUUCAUAAGAUGAGGUAUUAGUGCAUACAGUUCCUUGCAUCCUAACCUUUACACUGUAGAAACAAGUGCUCGGGUUGGCAACA